AUGGAUCCUCCCUGGGACGGAGGCCUCCGAGGCCCUCGGGCAGGGGCAGCCAGCGUGCGUGUGACUGACCUGGGCUGGCACGGGCGGCAGAACCCCAGGCCCCUGAGCAAGGAGGACGGAGGCCCCGAGGCGCUGAUGGAGGAGUACCUGUCCCCCUCUAAGCUGAAGGCUCUGGCCCAGGUGGAGGAUCUCCAGGAGGUGACGGUGCUGGAGAUGUGUGUGGACACCCGCGAGAACAGCUUGGGGAACUUCGGUGUCCACGUGCCCAACCUGAGCCAGCUGAAACUCAACAACAGCCUGCUGACUUCCAUCAGGGACCUGGGCACCUCCCUGGCUCACCUUCAGAUCCUGUGGCUGAUUCGCUGUGGCCUGGCAGAUUUGGACGGGAUCUGCACCCUUCACUCACUAAAGGAGCUCUACAUGUCCUACAACAACAUUUCUGACCUGAGCCAGAUGUCUCUGCUGGAUCACCUGGAGGUUCUGGACCUGGAGGGCAACAAUAUCGAGAACAUCGAGCAGGUCCGCUACCUGGGCCUCUGCAAGAAGCUGAGCAUGCUCACUCUGGAGGGGAAUCUGAUCUGCCUGAGGCCCGACCCAGAAGCAGCUGAGGCCCCAGACUAUAACUACAGGGCUGAGGUGAAGAAGCUCAUUCCCCACCUCCAGUUCUUAGAUGAGGUGCCUGCCAGCCAGACCUCUCUCCAGGCCUCUCGAAAGCUGGACAAGGACUGGCUCAUCGUCAAGGAGUCCAUCAAAGAAGGCAACGUGGUACAGAAUGGCGCUCGGUUUGGCCCGGUGGCAGGGCAGAGGCUCAGCCCCAGCCUGAGGCUGUCCAGGAGCCCCCUCCCCCCCGCCUCCCGGCUGUGGCCCCUCCACAUGGGCCGGCUGCCCUGGACAUCCUCGCUGGCAUCUCCUGGCAGCCCCUUUCUGGAAGCCUUAACCCCCGAGGAGCUGGCCUCUGACUCCGACUCCAGUGACCUGACCCAUGGCGUCAGCCGUGUCCUCUGCGGAAACCCCAUCAAAGGCCUGCAGGAGCGCCGGCAAAAGCUUCAUGAUCCCAGUGGACUCUCCACUCCCCAGGCUUUAGCCCUGGGAUCUGGGAAGUCACCCAAGCAGGGCCUCGAGCCCUCUGGGAGGGAAGAGGAAGGCCCGGCCUGGCCCCCAAACCUCUGGGCAGAGAUCAAAGCUUGGAAGGAGCAGCAGCAGCAGCAGCGGUGAGAGGAAGAGGACGGCUCCGUCCAGCUGAACGACCAGGAGGAAGAGGAGAAGGCCAAGGCCAGGAGUCCCCUCAGGUCUUGCCCAGGCUCCCCAAGCUCCACCGCAGGUAACUUUGUGCCUCACCCUUCUCCUCCUUUUCCUUCCUUCUUCCCUCCUUGGGCCCCUCGACCUCUUCUCCAAUGGAGGGAACAGUUUCAACUGAACAAGGAGCUCAAACUUGGGAAAGGCAGGAAAAGAAGUGGAGGCUCUGCUUCUCCAGGCAGUUUAGUCGGGGACGGGGAGGGAAUUGCUCUCGGGGGUCGUGGAGGGGAGACCGCAGAAGCAGCCGAGGCGGGGACCCAGCGAGAUCACGUGUGCGUACAGGGGAGCCGCCCUUGCAGAGGACGAGCCAAGGAGGAGAUUGCGGCAGAGGGUGGCGAGCCGAGGGAGCUCCCCGCCAACGGUCACGCCUUCUCACUGUGGCUGUCCUGGAUCCUCUCUCUCAUCCCUCUGGACCAAACAGCCUUAACUCUGCGUCAGGGAUCCAACCCUUUUGACAGGCUGCUUCACACGGUGCGGUGCGGUGCGGUGCGGGCUGAUCCUCCCAAAGUCCUGAGCGGCAGCAGAUGGCUAGCCGGGCCCAGCUACCCCCUGGCCCCUUCGGCCCUCAAGCACCCCUCCCCUCCCCCAUUGCCCAGCCCCAGCAGACGCUCCAGGUCAGAGCUCCGGGGCAGGCGCCUGAACCUCAACCUCACCGUCAGCCCACUGGCCGGCUCGGAGUCGGGGGCCCAUCUAGGGGAGAGGCUGGCCAUGCUGACUCCCUUCAGGCACAGCCCGAGGGCCCUCAGGCAGGUGGGGGCCCUGGUCCAGCCGCCUGUGUCUUUUGUCCCCCACACACCCUCCUCCCCACUGGAGCCAGCCUUCUCCCUCUUCAGACAUCGGGCCGAGAGAAAUGUGCCCAAGGUGCCAGGCUGCAGGCAGCCCAUCCUCCACCCGGCAGCCAAGCCCCCAGAGAAGAUGUCCUUGCCGGCCCCUGGCCGGCCCUUCACCGGCAGCAUCAACACCCUACAUAGGCUUGCCAGCCUGCCUGGAGUGGGACCUCCCAUUGCCUCGCCUCCGACACCCCCAACACACCUCCAGAGGAAUUCCAAGUCCUAA